AUGAAUGCCCACUGCGUGCAAUGGGGAUAUCCAAAAUCAGAUUCUAGAGGCGAACAAGUAGAAGAUUUCAUAGCUGCCAACUCUCUCGUCCUUCACAACGACACCGUACAAGGGCCUACCUUCGAAACAUGCUCAGGUAAAGGAUGGCCUGACCUGACCCUUUCAAGCACAAAUGCCAGCACCUUUCUUAAAAACUGGAAGAUACUGGACGAGGAAAAUAAUUCGGAUCAUAAGUUCAUUCACUUUGAGAUUGAUCUCACUUUUUCUAGUACCAGCACGAAACGUUUUCACAUAACUGAAUCUGGCAUCAAGAAAUUUAAAAACCUCCUUGCUAAAGAAAAAACUUCCAUUUUGAACGGCAUAAACUACUGCAGGGAUCGCAACCAAUUAAAUGAAAUCUCCAGUAACUUUUUCUCAGUCAUACAAAUCCCAAAAAUAUCCCAACAGAGCUUUAAAAUUAGAGCUCCAAGAAAUAAAUUCACUGCAAAUUGGUGGACAAAAGAGUUGAGGGCAGAGAGGAACAAAACUAAAGCCUUAAGGAGGAAAAUAAAAUCUACACUGGACGACAAUUCUAGGAAUGCUGCAUGCGUAAGAUACAACGAGGAGCAAAGAAGGAUUUACAAAAAGAAAAUUAUGGAAGCUAAAAUUAACCUCGUGUGGAAAAAAUUUUGUUCUCAAAAUAAAGAUACGUAUGGCAUCCUCCAUAAAUUGGCAACUAGGAAAUUCUUCGUUCCCACAAAAAUUACGCUUUCCCAACAAAGAUCACGCAAGCAACAACAAGAGUAUUCCUGA